AUGGGGGUUGAUACGCUUUCUCCAAUUGCGCCAGUGCGCUUUCGAGCGUUACUCCUUCCGAUUGGAAAAAUCAAGCGGACGCGCUUCUUGAGCUUUGCUUCAAGACUCCAAGCUGAAAAUGUGGUGCGGUUGGGGGACAUUAGUCCCGAUUCUCGACCAAAUCGAAACAUGUUCUCGCCGCUCGCCUUUCCUACCGGAUUGAUACUCUACGACUUGUCCUUCUCCGUUCCCCCGACGUCCCACCUGGAACUCUUCCCAUUUGAAAUGUACCGAGAGCCGUUGGUCGUGAUUGCGAUUGCGGACGGAAAAGAGCUAUCUGAAACCACCGAUACAGCGUUAAAAUAUCCUGCGCCACAGGAAUUGGACCAGCUGCGAGGGGAGCUGGAAACGUUAAAGGAGAGCCAUCCGCGGGCGUUGGUAAAUCAGCUCCUGGUCUUCGAUUAUGAUGGUCUUGAUAGCAUCACCAAUGGUCCAGAGAAUGUUCUCUGGGUUCCUCGACCCGAGGUCUCCAAGGCGACCACCAUGAAAACAGUCCUGUGUGAUGUGACCUCGGUCUUGCUGUCAGAGUUGGAUCAAUUUGCGAAAACCAUCCAAAGCAUUCCGUCUAUAGAUUCUCCCCGAGCCUCAUCGUGGGGUCCGACUCGACAACCAGAGCUGCGAUCGCGAUUAGUGGAUCGAGUGCUGAACAGAAUGACUCUUCCGGCGCAGCUACCAUCCAAUCCGAAUGGGUCGUUACCAGAGACUGUGUUGAGUUCCAAAACUACAUCACCCGCGCCAUCUGAACAUGAAACCCCCACCACUUUUGACGAAAUCACUCGAUCUAUACACUCGACAAGAACAAAUUCUGGAGGAAGAAGCCCUUCAAUAGCGUCCCCGAAAGAGCACAGUCGUGAUCGCAUGUCUGUGAGUGGUCUUAGUGCCACUGACAGGACCAAAAACCGCAUCAAGGGCAGGUCUGGAGUAGUGAUUGGCACGCUAUUUCUACAGGCAGGGAGAUGGCCAGACGCCCUCAAAGAAUUGAAUGAAGCCGCGAACAAUGCCCGGGCCGCCAGCGACUACGUUUGGCAUGCAAAGGCAUUGGAGAACAUUCUUCUCUGUCUGGUGAUGCUGGCAUGGGCUGGCAUGGAUUUCUCGAUUCCAUCCGUACUGUAUCCAGUUGCUGAAAAGGCCUCGAGAGCUGUAAAAGAGGCUCUCCAGGGCCCAUCCGCAGCUGGCAAUCGUCUUGUCUCCCUUCAGAAUCUGACCAACCUACUACCUGAUCUUUCAAACAACAUUGUGAAUCUUUACAUUCGGGCCGCUAAUGUGACAGACGAGCCCCUGCCUCAGCUCGUAUUUUCUGAAACAGUGAUUCGACUGUCUAGGUUGAUGGUGUCGGCCCGCGUUCGGGACGGCGGGCUGGACGACAAUGCCUUGAAGCAUAUUGUCAUGAACGAGCCUCUACUUCCCUUGCUUCAACCGGAACUUCCACGCGGCACUAUGUUGCUGCGCAAGUCUGACAUCGCCAAUUUCCUCUACCGGGCUCUGCCUCUUGCCUCUGAAGCUGAUCUGCCUGCAACCGAUGCCGUUCCUAUAAUCGCUGGCAUUAUUUCGGUUCUUAACACUCUCGAUCUACCCCGUAAAAAGGCCUUUGUCCUGCGCGAACUUCUUGCUGUGAUCGUACCGAGCCUUAUACAGGCUCGAAAAUUGGGUGCUGCCGAGGCCGGAAUUCAUCCGGCUGCUGGGUUGGGCUCUCUCAGCGAUACGUCAUUUGAUGUCAACGCGCUAGACAUAGGACACGGGAACAUGGAGAAGAGCAUCCGCCUUCUUCUGGCUUCGAUUGGUGAAAUCUACGGUGCCCAGCCAUCGGCAUCUCAUGAGUGGCAGAAGCGUCAGAGUCGUAUGUCUACCUCUGACGGUGGGAGAGAACUACCUGCCUAUGACUCCCUUUCAAGCAUUGCAGAGCGGACCUUCCGACAUAUUGCCCUUGAUCAAUAUGGUGACCUCAACUUGAAGGUUGACGUUCUAAAGGCAUGUAUUAAUUGCUGUGAGGCGCUCCCUGAUUUCAGUGGCGUUCUGCGUUUCACGGUUGAACUACUGCAAACGAUACGGGGAGAUUUGAUGCUUAGUGAAGGCGAAAGGAUACCACCGCGCUUGCCUCGCGACGACCAGGUUCGUUUGUUGAAUAAUAUCAAGCGCACCGUCGAGGCUGGCAAUCGACUCGGUGCAACAACCAUGACCGCCGAGUAUUGGGAUGAUUUCCUAGUUCGCGAUGUGCAAUUGUUGCCCUUGCCGGAUGCGCGGCGGCCCGUUCGUCGAUCAAAGACAGAACUUGACGCAGUCACAACUGAUUCAGAGAAGGCGAAGAAAGAUCCCUUCUUGUAUAAUCCUUUCGCCAAGCCGAGCAGCAAGACGCUGGAAAUUUUAACUGUCACGGACGAGCCUGCGUCAUUCCGAGUGACACUUCAAAAUCCCUACGAGUUUGAGGUCGAGAUCGAGUCAUUGCGUCUUGAAAGUGAAGGGCUCAGGUUUGUCGCUGAAGCGGAGAAUAUCUUCCUUGGGCCCCUUGCUCUGCAGGACGUCCUCAUUUUAGGUACCGCUUACGAAGAGGGAAGUCUCAGCAUCUCCGGUUGCUCAGUGAAGAUUCGGCAUUGCCGAGAGCGAAAGUUCCCCAUCUUCAAAGCACUAUGGAGGCCUCUUCCUGAGGUCAAGUUCAAGAGGACAGGACUCUCUGCAAAGGAGCCUCCGAAUGAUCGCCCGCUCUCAUGGAGCUCAAUCACAUCAAAGGACGGAAAGAUGUCUACGAAAAAGGGCCCUGAAACCGAAACUUGUCAGGUCAAGGUCAUUGGUAGACAACCAUCCUUGGUCAUCGAAUCGAUGUCGCUUUCGCAGUCAGCAAUCAUGCUCCUCGAAGGCGAGAUCAAAACUUUCUCAAUUACACUCCAAAAUACGUCCACUUGCCCCGUGGACUUCGUUUUGUUUACAUUCCAAGACUCAACUACUCGUCAACUUCAAUCGGCAUUGACGAACAAAAAUCUACUUCCGGUUGAAAUUUACGAGUUAGAGCUUAAACUCGCGACUCAGCCAGCCUUAAGAUGGCGUCGUGAGGGCCCACAGUCUGAUAGUUGUUAUAUCCCCGCCGGGGAGAAAGCGACAUUCAACGUGGACGUUCUAGGGAAACCUGGUCUGCAAGACACGACAGUCCAGAUUGACUACUCAUACGUGAAGAAAGAGCGAGAUCAGUUGCCUGAAGUAUUUUACACGCGGCAGCUAUUUGUGCCCUUAACAGUGACCGUCAACGCGAGUAUAGAGGUUGCACGCUGUGACAUUCUACCCUUUGGAGGGGAUUUCGCAUGGAAGAAUCAUCAUGUCGUUGGCUCCUCGGGAUCGGCUGAGACACCAGAGGUUCCUUUGUCCGCUUCCGAAAAUGAUCCGUUUUCUGGGAUUCUGUCUCGCCUGGGCCACGGCGCAUAUGAAUCGGAUCACUGCAUUGUUCUGCUGGACCUGCGUAACGUAUGGCCCAGCCCAUUAUCGGUAUGGCUUCGAGUCAAUGAGCAUUCGGUUGAUCAAGCUCCCGAAUCUUCAACGGAUAACGGCACGGGUCAGUAUACUGUUGACGGGAACCUGCAACCGGGUCAGGUUUCGCGAUUUGUUCUCGUCCUACCCCGUGUCUACUUGGACAAUCCAUACGCCACCAUUCCACUCGUCAACACGGGCAAUCGCCGCCAAUUCGUUGUCAGUGCCAACAAACUCACUUUCGAAGCCGAAGGAGCUUCUCGCGAAGCCUUCUGGUUCCGCGAGGAGCUUCUCAAGCGAGUCAUUGGAGGCUGGUCGGAGUCUGCUACCGGCCGGAAGGGGUCCAUUGAUCUCCGCAACAUCCGCCUGAACACCCGUAUGGUGGAGGCCAUGCGUCUUGAAGACGUAGAAGUCGCCUUUUCUCUCUCUUCCCCCAAAUCCAAAGACAGCCCCUCGGCGGUGAAACAAGUCGGAAGGUCGAAGUUCCAGGCGCAAACCGACGACCUGCUCACCCUUCACGUCACCGUCCACAAUCGCUCCUCUCGUCCUAUUCACCCACUUCUCCGCCUCCAGCCAAGUCUUCGUCACCAACAGAAUAACAUCGCGCUAGAUCUCACGCGGCGUCUGGCAUGGACCGGUAUGCUUCAGCAAGCAUUGCCCAUUCUGCCAGCCCGAGGAUCGAUCCAAACCUCUAUCGGGCUAACCAUCCUUUGCCGCGGCGAGUACGAGCUAGGCGCUAGCAUUGAGGAAGCUCGGAUUUUGCGACACUCGGAUGAACAUGGUGAAGGAGAGGCUUCUGAUCCAGCUACGCAAUUUAUAGAGGAUGGUAUUGAGGAUACUUUUGGAGCGGGCGUGGUGAAGCGUCGACGCAUCUGGCAUGCGAAAGAGGGUUGUGUCAUUCUUGCCCAUGACUGA